AUGGCCUAUCGAACACCCAAAAAGAGGAGGGAUUCGCGAUUAAAAAGAAGGGAAGCUAGGGAUACCGAUGAUGAUAAUCAAACCGCAAUAGGAAGAGGAGUUGCGAGACCAAGGCCAAGACGAGAUGCGAUGCCUGUUGAUGUGGAAAGAGUGAUUGAUAAUUAUGUUGAAGCUAUGACAACUCUUGGUGUCGAUGGACUGAGGAGGCAGUUCCGAGAGCAACUAUCUGGAUAUCGAGCACCGGAUGAAAGAUAUAAAUUUACAGCAUUUGAGGCAAAUCCUGAAAGGAACCGAUAUCUACUCACAUUAGAUGUUCCGCCAAGCACAGACUACAUCCACGCGAACUGGGUUAAAUUUGAAGGACAUGAUAAAGUUUUUAUAGCGACACAGGCUCCUCUAGACAACACAAUAGAAGAUUUCUGGAGAAUGGUCUUUCAAGAAGGAUGUCCCAACGUUGUCAAUCUCACAAAAAUAAUAGAAGAUGGUAAGAUAAAGUCAACUCAGUACUGGCCACUCGAGCCAGGAGCAUUUCAAAGCUAUGGAAAAAUGUUUAUCAAUACAAAAAAGGUUGAGUCCGAAGGGAAAUUUUUGAUAUACACAGUCGAGGUUUUACCGGAAGGUUGUUCAAAUUCUAAUAUAGUAAAGGUAAUACACAUGACAAGUUGGCCAGAUCGUGGUUUACCAGUAAGUGGGCGCCAUGUGUUGAGGCUUAUUCGUCAAGUUAACGGAGACAAACUCGAUAAUGGACCGAUAGUGAUGCACUGCUCUGCAGGGAUUGGGAGAACCGGUACCAUCAUACUCAUUGACGUAAUCUUGCGCCGUCUAUUUAGCGCAAAAGAUGUUGAUAUUGCGGAACUGUUCAAAACACUUCGCAAUCAACGGGCAUCAUGCAUCCAGGUAGAAGGGCAAUUCGUAUUCAUAGUCCUCAGCGUCCUCGACUAUAUCAAGAUCAAGAUACCAAAACACAAAGAAAGGGUAAACAAAUUUAUGGAAGAUUUCAAAGCAACAAUGCUUACAUCAUCCUAAGCUUCAAAUUAGAAUCGCACUGUUUGCAUUACUUAGAUUCGACAUUUACAUCCAAAUGAUUGAUUGAUUACAAAG